UGGCUGGGACCGCACUGGUGCCUGAGCAGCACUGGGCUCUUGGCCACCAUGGCAGGACAGGGACAGGGACGGGGACAGGGCGGACAGCUCCUUGCUGCUGGCAUGGCUCUGGCAUGGGUCCUGUGCCGGCAGUGCCUGCGGCUGGGUGGGAUGCUCACCGGCCAUCACUUUGGUCUCCUUGCUUCCCAGAAAGCCAGCAGCAGCUGUUGGCUUUUCAGGCUGUCAGCACCUGAGUUACUCUGCCUGUGCCCGUUGUCUGCAGGUAGUGUGCCCCUGCUUUGCCACUCCUGAACGCAUUCCUGCCUGGAAGGGAGGCAAAGUGCUGCUCCUCCUACAGCAUCCCCUCUGACGCUGAGCGGCAGGAGGCAGCCUCGUCCAGCCCCAAGGGCAGCACACACACAGCCUGCUCACACAGCUCGGCUGGGGACGACUCAUGCUUACAUUUCCUUUCAUCCCUUGGCAGCAUGACAAGUUAGGAUUCUGAGAUCCUAAGUUAGAAAUCCUCUGUGGGAGAGGAAUCCCAAGGUACCCUUUUCAUAAAUGUAAGACAUUUAGUUGACGAAAUGGAAAUGCCUCGCUGCAGGUUGUUGAAAGGAUGCACAGUGCUCGGUCUCUGGGCGAACCUCUCCUGGUUUGUGCAGCUGCAGGGACACUGGUCUCCAGAGCCACCCUGCCUGUCACCCUGCCCUGUCCUUCGGGUGGCUCUGCAUCCCCAGCGGUGGCACUGGGUUACGCAGCUUCUGCUGUGGUCCUGCUACAGAGACAGAGCGGUGCUCCUGUUCCUCCCAGGCUGGGAGGUGGGGACAGAGCGGAGCAGAAACUGGAGGGUAAGCAGUUAAUGACAGAUGAGCCUAAAGAACCCUGCAAAUACCCUGCAGCACCUGCUUCUUAGUAUUUCUGAGACGAAUUUGAGUUACUGUGGCCCUAAUGAGGCUCACCGACUUUCAAAUUCCCGAUGUGCUCUGGUGUCUCUGCAAUCACAGGUGCUACUUACGAAAUUUUAGAAAAUGGGACUUGUUGAAUGGAAACUUCCUUCUUAAAAGGUCACUCGGAAAAUGGUUUAUAAUAGAUUCAUGCAAAUAGAGCUUCAACCACGAGCCGCUAAUUUGGGACGUGAAAGGGGGAGAGCUGGUUGUGUCACCAAUAGAUGGCACCACGAAGUAUCUCAACGUGUUCCCAGAGCGUUUUGCACCAAGAAGAAAGGCAAGUGCUGGGGAGAGGUGGACAGGACCCGUCCCUGUCCUGUUCUCACCGGGACUGGGGGGCAGCUCGGCUCCCAGGGGCUGCCCCGACCCGUGGGACACCCUCUGCUUGCAGCGCUACCUCCUGCACUGCGGAUCAGCCUUGCUGCUCCCCGUCCUGAGGUGCUGAGGAGCCUCCCAGCCGCCAGACCUUCCUCAGUGGUGUUUCCAGACCGAGGGAACCCUAGGGACAGGACCUGGCAAGCAAGGAAGCGCAUGCAAGGGCUUUUUGGAUUAUUUCAGAGCUAAGGAAAUAGCUUGGGAAGAACAGAAAAUGAUCUCUCUGCCCUCCAGCUGUCAGCCUGUGCCACAUACCCACCCCUCUCCUCGUGAGGGUACCUGCAAGUGGGUGCUGCCAACCAGCUUCCAAAUGUCAUCAUCCAUUUGUCUUGGACGUUUUUUUUCCAACAAAGGAUUGAUUUUUGAAUCAAUUACACCAAAUUCAUUUACAGCACAGUGAAAAGUUGUUGAUUAAAAGAUGCAAACUCACAGAUGAACAAGAACAGUCAAAGCAUUUUGGCUCUGUUUCUAAUCAAGGUCUGAUCUCAACAAGAGGAUUUCCAAAUCCCAAAGCCCAAAGAUGUCAAAAAUGUUGUAUUGUAUGAAAACAAAAAAUCAUUCAGAGCGGGCGAUUACAUUCUUAUGUAAACCUGGCUUCAUUCGGCAGGGUUGAGAUGAGUUCAGCUGUGGUCAGGAAAUGGCCGGCGCUGUUCACGCCACCCUCGCCCCCCUGCGAGCUUGUAGGUCCGUCUGCUGGCUCACGAUGUGUUUAUCUCGUGCCUUGCCCCUUCCAUGUUCCUUUAAGGAGUAUUUCAGCUGCUGUGGCCCAAAGCUGGCUCCCGGAGGCACGGUACAUUCUGCAGCCACUGGGCAUCGUGCAGGAUGUGCCCAGGCCCAGCUGAACCACUCAGACAGGGCGAAAUGAGGCCCUGGUCCUGUGGCAGCCCAUGGGGCUUACGGGGCAGGAACCGGGGGCUGCGGUAAGCCGGUUACACGGUGGUGGUGGGAGCGAGGUCACCCUCGGUGGAUUAGGAGGCGAGAACAGUCGGUGCUCCUGUCGCGGGGGGGGGAGCACAAAGGGCCAUUGUGUGCAGAAUACAAAAUCCCUGUGUAUUACCGCGGGCUGACAUGCUGAAAGACCCGCUCUACAUGCCAGCACAAAAGCCGCCUUGCUUCAGAUUGUUUGUUUAUGUAAAUUUCAGCGGUGCAUCUAAUUACGAGGCCGAGCAGCCCGAGCGCCGGGCGAGGUGCUGAUUGGGUCCCGGUGGCGGUGCCGGCGGACAAGCCCCCGCCAGCCCGUGGCUGUCACCGCCGGCCCCGUCUGGCCGCAGAGGGGACACGCGGUGACCGUGAGGACGUCCCGGGAGCAGCGGGACGGGGCCGGCAGGUGCACGGCCUGAGCCCCCGGGCACGGUGCUCAGCAUGACCGAGGACGUGCCGGCGGUGCCCAGCAUGCCCGAGUGCAACGGGAGCCUGGUCCCUGAGAAGGGACCGCUCCAGGUCAUUGGCAUCAUCGAUGACAUCGCCAGGCCCAUUGGGACGGGGCCCUACACGAACGCAGACACCAGCCCUGAUGCGCUGCUCGCAAAAGGAAAUCAGGAGGAAAGUAGACUCGCUGGUGGAGGACGUAGUGUGUGCAGAUUUGAUCGAGAGAAGCGAUGCGAAGAAAAGCAAGAGGAAAAUGAUGCGACGCUACAGCAGGGAUCAGUUGGUCUCCAGGACACAGGAACCGGCAGCCAGGAGUCAGAGGAAGGGCCGGGCAGCGGGCAGCCAGCGCUGGGGACAGCGGCCAGCCCCAGCGGGGAGGUGGCGGGGACCCCCGCGGGCACCGCCGAGCAGAGAGCGAACGAUGCUGAGGAGGAGGAGGAGGAAGAGGAGGUGGAAGAAGAGGAGGAGGACACCGAGGAGGAUGAAGUGCAGGUGAUAGAGAUGCAGAAGGAGACCAGCGAGGCGUCCCGGCAGCAGCAGCAAGAGAGCGGCAAGGAGGUGUCUCCCCCCGCCAGCCCCGGCUGCAACGCCCAGGCUGAGAAAGCUGGGGAGCAGCCCAGCCUGGGGAAAAAGAAUGACAUCUCCAGACACAGCUACUCCCGGUACAACACCAUCUCCUACCGGAAGAUUAGGAAAGGAAACACCAAACAAAGAAUUGAUGAAUUUGAGUCCAUGAUGCACUUAUAAACUGAGGCGGAGGAUUGCUUACUGAGACAGCAGUUCACUUUGGUUUUUGUUUUGUCUCCCUCCCCCUGCCCCCCGACAUAUUUCUUCAUGCAACAUGAAGUCACCGCUUUUUGGCUUUUUGUAUGAUUUCAUAAAACAUUGUGAAAAUGUAACUUCUAUGCUUCACUUUGCCAGCAGGCAGAGGCACCCAUAGAACAGGAGAAUAAUCAGGUCACUAAGUGUAAUACCAUUUGAUUUGAAGUUUACCCUUUAUUUUCUAUCCUUUUUGUUUGUUUGUUUGUUUGUUUUUUGUAACCAUAUUCCAACUCUGGUAUGUCUGGAAUGAGCUGGGGCUUGUGUAGCUGCAGGCAGGCAGGUGAUCCAGCCGUGCUGGUACCGAGUUGGCAGUGCAGCCGUCCCGGUGGCGCUGGGCAGCACAGGGUGAAUAAUAAACGCCACGACUGUUUGCAACUGCA